AUGGAGGAGGAGGUCAACGACGGUAAGAAGGAAACUGACAAAGGCACUAGCAAAGAUGACGACACUCUCUAUGAUGAAUUAUUUUCUCUCGUUUGUGAGGACAAGGAUAUUGUUAAAAGGGAGACUUAUAAAAUCCUGUUAGGUCUGAUUGACAAUGAGUCAAUGGUGGCAUACAUACAGAACAACGAGAAGAGAUGUUUGAAGAUUUUGAUUUCCGGACUGAAUUCCAAUUACGAGGUGGUUGCUCUCCAAUGUUUGGUGAACUUGUCCGCACACAUCCCCAAGGAACUCAUACAGAGGAACCUCAUCGAAAUUGUGUUCGACAUACUGAGGGACGAAGAGGAGACCGAGGCGAAAAGCCACACGGAACUGUACAUCAUGCUAGUGGCAAACCUGUCCAGGGAAAAGGAAGGAAUAUAUAAAAUUCUGGACCUCCCGGAAGAGAAGUUAAAAGAGGAGAUGGAGGCGGAGGAAAACAGCAAAGAGUUAGCCGUCAGUUACUACCUUAACAAGCUGCUGCACCUUUUCUCCGAGCCAAUCGUCACAGCCACGAUUAACAAGAACAUCACGGACAAGUACUUCUUCAUUGCACACAUUUUAAUUAACGUAUCAUCCGUAAAAGAGUGUGCCCACUUUUUCAAGAGCGUGUUUCUCUUAAACAUGUUGAGCAAGCAGAUGCUCCAACCGGAGCGAUGCGCAGCUGUGCUUCAAUGCGUAAUAAAUCUUUGCAUGAGUGAAGUUCUCCAUCCUUAUGUGCUUGAUGAAGAGUGCUAUUUAAUACCUAGUGUCCUUUCCCUUGUGUACACACGUGAAAAGGAUAGCGAAGAGGACUUUUUAAUGCUCUGCUCGAUUGGCACUCGCGAAAAGGAAACAAACAAAGAUCCAGUGCAUCAGCUCAUUCUGGAUAUGUCAACAGUGCUCACCACCUCCACGGAUAUAAAGAAAAAAGUUAUGAUUCUUCUGCGCAAUUUGUUCUCGCCGGAGCUGACCAGGCAGAGGCUCCGCAGCUAUGGAAUCGAACACGUCCUGAAGAACUGGCUCAAGUACGAGAAGAACACAGGGAUCACGUAA